AUGGCUAUCACCGCGCUGCCGCCCGCCUCGGCGCGCAUGGCCAGCACCAAGGAUGAGGGACGCAUCUGCCUCGAGCUCGAGGACGGCUCCGCCUACCAGGGCUACAGCUUCGGUGCCAACAAGAGCAUCGCCGGCGAGCUCGUCUUCCAGACGGGCAUGGUCGGCUAUCCUGAGUCCCUGACGGAUCCCUCGUACCGCGGCCAGAUCCUCGUCAUCACUUUCCCCCUCGUCGGAAACUAUGGUGUCCCCUCCCGCGAAGCCUUGGACGAGCUGCUCGGCGACCUGCCGGCGCACUUCGAGUCUUCCCAGAUUCACAUUGCCGGUCUCGUCGCGGCCUCUUACUGCGGCGAGGACUACUCCCACUUCUUGGCCGCCUCGUCCCUCGGCACUUGGCUCAAGGAGCAGGGCGUUCCCGCCAUGUACGGCGUCGACACCCGUGCCCUCACCAAGAAGAUCCGAGAAAAGGGCAGCAUGCUGGGCAAGAUGAGGCUCCAGAUCAAGGACAUCCCCGACGCCGCGGCGGUGCCCAAUGGCGUCGUCCCCGACGUUCUGGCCGGCGCCUCCUUGGAACCCUUUGAGGAGAUUGACUGGGCGAACCCCAAUGAGCAGAACCUCGUGGCCAAGGUGUCUGUCAAGGCUCCUAAGCUGUACAAGCCACCCCCCUCCGUGGCCACUCGCAAGCACCCCUCUGGCCGGCCGAUCCGCGUCCUUUGCGUUGACGUCGGUAUGAAGUACAAUCAGCUGCGCUGCUUCUUGAAGCGCGGCGUCGAGGUCAUGGUCUGCCCUUGGGACCACGACCUGGCCAGAGAGGCUGGCGACCAGUACGAUGGUCUUUUCAUCUCCAACGGUCCUGGUGACCCGGCUGUCCUUGACGUCACCGUCAAGAACAUUCAGGCAGCGAUGGAGAAGAACAAGACCCCCGUCUUCGGUAUUUGCUUGGGUCAUCAGCUCCUUGCCCGCGCUUCUGGCGCCAAGACCACCAAGAUGAAGUUUGGUAACCGCGGCCACAACAUUCCCUGCACGAGCAUGGUCACUGGAAAGUGCCACAUCACGUCGCAGAACCACGGUUUCGCGGUCGAUGCCAGCUCUCUUCCCACCGGCUGGAAGGAGCUCUUCGUCAACGCCAAUGACGGCAGCAACGAGGGCAUCAUGCACGUCGACAAGCCCUACUUCAGCGUGCAGUUCCACCCGGAGAGCACGCCCGGUCCCCGUGACACCGAGUUCCUCUUCGAUGUCUUCAUCAACACAAUCGCCGAUUGUGCUGAGAACCCUGCCUCGCUGCAGCAGCCCGUGAGCUUCCCUGGAGGCACUAUUGAGGAGAACGAGAGGCUGCACCCGCGCGUCUCCGUGAAGAAGGUCCUCGUCCUCGGCUCUGGUGGUCUCAGCAUCGGUCAGGCUGGUGAAUUCGACUACUCUGGUAGCCAGGCAAUCAAGGCUCUGAAGGAGGAGGGCAUCUACACGGUCCUGAUCAACCCCAACAUUGCCACCAUUCAGACCUCCAAGGGCUUGGCCGACAAGGUCUACUUCCUGCCGGUCAACGCAGAGUUUGUCCGCAAGGUCAUCCACUACGAACGCCCCGAUGCCAUUUACGUCACUUUCGGUGGACAGACUGCCCUCCAGGUCGGCAUCCAGCUGAAGGAUGAGUUUGAGGGCCUUGGCGUCAAGGUCUUGGGUACUCCCAUCGACACUAUCAUCACCACCGAGGACCGUGAGCUUUUCGCCCGAAGCAUGGAGUCCAUCGGCGAGAAGUGCGCCAAGUCGGCCUCUGCCAACAACGUCGAAGAGGCCAUGUCGUGCGUCAAGGACAUUGGCUUCCCCGUCAUCGUCCGUGCUGCCUAUGCCCUCGGUGGCUUGGGCAGUGGCUUCGCCAACAACGAGGAGGAGCUCAUGGAUCUCUGCAACAAGGCUUUCGCCGCGAGCCCGCAGGUCCUGAUUGAGCGCAGCAUGAAGGGCUGGAAGGAGAUUGAGUACGAGGUUGUCCGCGACGCCCAGGACAACUGCAUCACCGUGUGCAACAUGGAGAACUUUGAUCCUCUUGGCAUCCACACCGGCGACUCGAUUGUCGUCGCCCCGUCGCAAACCCUCUCUGACGAGGACUACAACAUGCUGCGCACGACUGCCGUCAACGUUAUCCGGCAUCUCGGUGUCGUGGGUGAGUGCAACAUCCAGUACGCGCUCAACCCGUUCUCGCGGGAGUACUGCAUCAUCGAGGUCAACGCUCGAUUGUCGAGAUCAUCUGCCCUGGCCUCCAAGGCUACUGGUUAUCCGCUGGCCUUUAUCGCCGCCAAGCUUGGCCUUGGAAUCCCUCUCAAGGAGGUUUCCAACUCGGUCACCAAGGUCACUUGCGCGUGCUUCGAGCCCUCGCUCGACUACGUCGUGGUGAAGAUGCCGCGAUGGGAUCUGAAGAAGUUCACGCGUGUGUCGACGCAGCUGGGUUCUUCCAUGAAGAGUGUUGGUGAAGUCAUGAGCAUUGGCCGAUCGUUCGAGGAGGCCAUUCAGAAGGCCAUCCGCGCCAUCGAUUUCCAUAACCUCGGCUUUGGGGAGACAAACGCCCUCAUGAAGCUUGACGACGAGCUCCAGACGCCCUCUGACCAGCGCCUGUUUGCUAUUGCCAACGCCAUGCACGAGGGCUACAGCGUUGACAAGAUCUGGGAGAUGACCAAGAUCGACAAGUGGUUCCUUCGCAAGCUCAAGAGCCUCAGCGACUUCGCCAAAGACAUGUCCAGGUAUAACACCAAGGACAUUGCGAACUCGCCUCAGAUUAUGCUGCAGGCCAAGCGUCUGGGCUUCUGCGACCGUCAGCUCGCCAAGUUCUGGGACUCCAACGAGAUUGCCGUUCGCAGAAUGCGGCUCGAGGCCGGCAUCAAGCCCUUCGUCAAGCAGAUCGAUACGGUCGCGGCAGAGUUCCCGGCCUAUACCAACUACCUCUACCUCACCUACAACGCCACUGAGCACGAUGUUGACUUCAAUGACCACGGCGUCAUGGUCCUUGGUUCUGGUGUGUACCGAAUCGGCUCCUCCGUCGAGUUCGAUUGGUGCUCUGUCCGCGCUAUCCGCACGCUGCGCAAGACUGGCUUCAAGACCAUCAUGGUCAAUUACAACCCGGAGACCGUGAGUACCGAUUACGACGAGGCCGACAAGCUCUACUUUGAGAACAUCAACCUGGAGACGGUUCUUGACAUCUACCAACUGGAGGCCGCUGGCGGCGUCCUUGGCGCCAUGGGUGGCCAGACCCCCAACAACAUUGCCCUGCCCCUCCACCGCGCUGGAGUCAAGGUCUUGGGCACCUCGCCUGAGAUGAUUGACAUGGCUGAGAACCGUUACAAGUUCUCGCGCAUGUUGGACCGCAUCGAGGUCGACCAGCCGACGUGGAAGGAACUUACCAGCUUCGAGGAGGCCCGGGAGUUCUGCCAGGCUGUCAGCUACCCCGUGCUCGUCCGCCCGUCGUACGUCCUGUCUGGCGCUGCCAUGAACACGGUCUACUCCGAGAAGGACCUGGUCAACUACCUCGCCCAGGCUGCCGAGGUCUCGCGUGAGCACCCCGUCGUCAUCUCCAAGUACAUUGAGAACGCCAAGGAGAUUGAGAUGGACGCUGUUGCCAAGGAUGGUGUUGUUGUCGGCCACUUCGUCUCCGAGCACGUCGAGAACGCUGGUGUGCACUCUGGUGAUGCUACCCUCAUCCUGCCGCCGCAGGAUCUGGAGCCGACUACCAUUGAGCGCAUCGAGGAAGCCACCCGCAAGAUCGGCGCUGCGCUCAACGUCACGGGUCCUUUCAACAUUCAGUUCAUUGCCAAGGACAACGACAUCAAGGUCAUUGAGUGCAACGUCCGUGCCUCCCGGUCGUUCCCCUUUGUCUCCAAGGUCAUGGGCGUCGACCUGAUUGAGAUGGCCACCAAGGCAAUCAUGCACCAGCCCUUCCAGGAGUACCCUCCGACCAGCCUUGCUCCUGACACUGUCGGUGUCAAGGUUCCUCAGUUCAGUUUCUCUCGUCUGUCUGGCGCCGACCCUGUCCUCGGUGUGGAGAUGGCGUCCACUGGAGAGGUUGCCUGCUUUGGUGUGGACAAGUAUGAGGCCUACCUGAAGGCUCUUCUCUCGACCGGCUUCAAGAUUCCCAAGGCCAACGUGCUUCUGUCCAUUGGUUCCUUCAGGGACAAGAUGGAGAUGCUCCCGUCGGUGCAGAAGCUCCAGCGCAUCGGCUACAAGUUGUUUGCCACGGCCGGUACUGCCGACUUCCUCCAGGAGCACGGCGUCCAGGUGCAAUAUCUCGAGGUUCUGGGCCGCGACGAGGACAUGAACUCCGAGUUCUCCCUCACGCAGCAUCUCGCGAAGAACACGAUCGACCUGUAUAUCAACCUGCCCUCCAACAACAAGUACCGCCGCCCGGCCAACUACAUGAGCAAGGGCUACAAGACUCGCCGCAUGGCCGUCGACUACCAGAUCCCUCUUGUCACUAAUGUCAAGAACGCCAAGAUCUUGAUUGAGGCCAUUGCACGCCACGUGUACCUCGACGUCUCGAAGCGAGACUUCCAGAUCACCGAAGAGCCGGCCGUGCCCAAGCAAGUCCUGGCCGUCAAGACGCCCGAGAUGAAGGCGACCAUUCCUUCCAUCGGCCAGGCUACCGAGAGCCCCAGGCGUCCCGGCACGCGUGACGGCGCCGCUGUCGCCUCGCCUCUGCGUGGCAUGGAUGAGCUCUCUCUGGCGGCCCCUUCGUCUAUCAGCGCCUCCGUCUUGCAGCUGCUGUCUCAGCCCUCCAUUUUCAAGAAGUCUCACGUGCUGUCUGUCAAGCAGUACACGAGAGCAGACCUCCAUCUCCUGUUCACCGUCGCUCAGGAGAUGCGCCUAGGCGUCCAGCGUGAGGGCGUGCUUAACCUCCUCCGCGGCAAGGUGCUCUGCACGCUCUUCUACGAGCCGUCGACCAGGACCUCGGCCUCGUUCGACGCGGCCAUGCAGCGCCUUGGUGGCAGGACUGUGGCCAUCUCGACCUCGCACUCGUCUGUGCAGAAGGGAGAGAGCCUGCAGGACACGCUCCGGACGCUGGCCUGCUAUGGCGAUGCCAUCGUGCUCCGCCACCCUGAGGAGAAGUCUGUGGACAUUGCCGAGAAGUACUGCGACGUGCCUGUCAUCAACGGUGGCAACGGCGCCAAGGAGCACCCGACGCAGGCGUUCCUGGACCUCUUCACCAUCCGGGAAGAGCUGGGCACCGUGCAGGGCCUGACAAUCACCUUCCUGGGUGACCUCCUUUACGGCCGCCCCGUGCACUCCCUGGUGUACCUCCUGCGGCACUACCAGGUGCAGGUUCAGCUGGUGGCCCCCAAGGGACUGAAGCUGCCCGACAGCGUGCGGCAACAGCUGGUGGCGUCGGGCCAGCUGCUGUGCGAGUCGGACACCUUGACGCCCGAGAUCAUUGCGCGAAGCGACGUGCUGUACUGCACGCGGGUCCAGAAGGAGCGCUUCCCGAGCGUAGAGGAGUACGAGAAGGUGAAGAACUCGUACCGGGUGGACAAUGCGGCGCUCAAGCAUGCCAAGAGCUCGAUGGUGGUGCUGCACCCGCUGCCGCGGAACGAGGAGGUGGCCGAGGAGGUUGACUUUGACCAGCGGGCGGCGUACUUCCGACAGCAGCGACGCGCAAACUCGCAGGUUGAAAACCGCUUCUUCCCCUGCGACGCACUCACCAAGGGCGUGCGCUCCGAAUCGAACCGCCUUUGUUUCAUGACACGGGCCGGUCUUCAACGGCUGUGCAACGUUUUGCUGUUGCCCCGCGGCGUUGUCGUUACACCACGAUCAGCGGUAGCUCGACAACGGGCCACCGUCUUCACUACCGUCGUCUCCACGCGGCGCGGCGCAGGAGGAGUCCAGCCUUUUAGCUGCCAGUCUGCUGCUGCGGGCAUGGCGCUGUAUCAGCAGCCGGCGGAGGCGAAGCAGUCCGGGGGGGCGGCGGCAGCGGAAGACGAGACGACGUCCUCGUCGUCUGCGCCGGAGAAGCUCAUCUUCGCCCCGGCCGGCCACGAAGCCCACGGCCAAGCCGCGCAGUUCACGCGCGGCACCCUCUCGCGGCACGACCUCGUGUCCGCGUCGUCGCCCGCGCCGCAGUUCCACGCCUGGUUCUCCGAGGCGCAGGCCACCUCGUCCAUCGCCCAGCCCGAGGCCUGCACGCUCUCCACGGCGGAGCUGCCCUCGGGCCGCGUCUCCUCGCGCGUCGUCUACCUCAAGGAGCUCGACGCCCAGGGCGGCUUCGUCGUCUACUCCAACCUCGAGACGUCGCGCAAGGCCCGCGACCUGGCCACCAACCCGCACGCCGCCCUCGUCUGGUACUGGCCCGCCCUGCAGCGGCAGGUGCGCGUCGAGGGCGUCGCCAAGAGGUACUCGCGCGACGAGUCGCAGGCCUACUUCGACACGCGCGUGCGUGGCAGCCGCAUCGGCGCGUGGGCCUCGCGCCAGAGCCAGGUGCUCACGCCAAACGGCAAGGACGGCGAUGACGGCCGCGCCCAGCUCGAGCACUGGGUCGCCGAGGCGGAGCGCCGCUUCCAUGGCAAGGACAACAUCCCCGUGCCUGACUUUUGGGGUGGGCUGCGCAUCGUGCCUACGAGGGUCGAGUUCUGGCAGGGCAGGGAGAGCAGGCUGCACGACCGAUUCGUCUACGAGCACCAGGGCGGCGAGGCCGGCGAGGAUGGCGAGUGGACGCUCGAGAGGCUGAGCCCAUGA